UAUCGAAACACCAGGAUUGGUCGUAAUCCGUGUUAUGCGUGACGUAUUUAGAUGUUGCACGUCUAUACUUGAAAAACUAAUAAUAAACAUAUAUAUCGUGUAUCUUGUUUCUCGAAAUCGAUAGUUUCUUGGAAAAAGCGUGGUUAAAGUUUUAACAUAGAAAGAAAUAAAUUAAAAUUGAACAACGAAUACAGCAAAUAAGAACUGUUGGUUGGGAUGUCCGAUCUUAGUGUGUGACGUCAUGCGCAAAACAGUUCAUGCCUCAUUCCCUCCGUAUAUCUAUCCAGCUGUCCGUGGUUUGGCAGUCCACUGAAGAUACUUUCUCAGGGUGAUUACCACGUAGGUUUUAUGUUGGUGGCCAUUCCCACGAACGACAAGUGGAAAUUCAAGUUGUUAAAAUAUCGAUAGACGAUCAAGUGCCAAUCGGAAACCUAUUAAGUAAAACUGAUUUUGGACAACCUAUAACGGUAUUAUACGGGUAGGGUGGCCUUCGGACUGACAAAAGGUAAAGACGUACGCAGCAGAAACAACUAGCGUUUUCUCAUAUAAGUGACGAAGUUGUGCGAAGUAAACCGUCCUGUAGGACUUGAUUGUUUCUUUUAUCAGAGAAGCAGCGUUAACGUGAGCUGUCGACGGUAUUGUAACGUUCUGGAAUAUUUAUCCGUAUCAACGAUUUGGGAGCGACGAGCUCACUCGUGAGGGAUGUCUACCCCUGCAAGAAGGAGAUUAAUGAGAGACUUUAAGAGACUACAAGAAGACCCACCCACUGGAGUAUCGGGAGCACCUACAGACAAUAAUAUUAUGAUAUGGAACGCAGUUAUCUUUGGACCUCAUGAUACUCCAUUUGAAGAUGGUACUUUUAAACUUACAAUAGAAUUUACAGAAGAAUAUCCAAACAAACCGCCCACAGUGAGAUUUAUUAGUAAGAUGUUCCACCCUAACGUGUAUGCUGAUGGAGGCAUAUGUUUGGACAUAUUACAGAACCGUUGGAGCCCUACUUAUGAUGUAUCUGCUAUUCUAACAUCUAUACAGUCCCUUUUGGAUGAACCAAAUCCAAAUUCUCCAGCAAAUUCAUUAGCUGCACAAUUAUAUCAAGAAAAUAAGCGGGAAUAUGAGAAGAGAGUAGCUACGGUUGUUGAACAAUCAUGGUUGAAUUUUCAAGAAAGUCACACAGAAGAUAUCCGCUGAUAUUAAGUAUGAUUCACUCAGUAUUUUCAUGAAGUUUAUUUGAUGCUCCUAAUUUUAAUUUUUUAGAAAUUCAUGACCAGAAAUAUUUUUUUUUUUUUUCUAUCAAAACAAGAUAUAAAAUCCUCCACUGUUCUAAAGAAUUCUUUUAUGUAUCCAAAAGUUAAAAGUGUCAUCUAGUUUUAUAAGAUAGGAAUAAAGGAAGAUUUUUUUAGUAUUUUAUGUUUCAAACGUUUAAAAAGUAUAGAACACUGGAGUGAUAUGGAAAAGUACUGUGCAUUAUGUGAUGUUUAUCUGUAAACAUAAAUAAAAUGUGUAUCCCAUUUUGCUCAUCAUAAUUAGGGUUUAGGAGUCCACACAACAAAAUUAUAGAAAUAAAAAUAUAUAAGUUUACAUACAUGUAUAAUAUAUAUAUAUAUAAUAUAUAUAUAUAUUAUAUAUAUAUAAUUACCAGUUUUGUAAGAUUAAUUUACUUUGUAACUAAUAGUUAUACGUAAAUAUAAGAUCAUCAUAAAAUAAUUUCAGAACAAAUAAAUUAAGUUACUAAUAUAUCCUAAGAAAGAUGGAAAAUAACUUUUGUUUUAAUUAUUAUUACAAAUGUAUAAAUAAUAUAGUAUAGAGUUAAAACCGGUAAUUAAUCUAAACGAUAACUAUUAAUAAUUACUUGUAAUUUCCUAAUAAAGUUGAAACAUUAUUCAUAACAAUAUGUAUUAGUCUCCUACCACCAAUAGCAGAAGGGGAGAGGUAAAAAAGAUCAAACAGUUACCAUAAUUAAAAAUUAUUAAAUUUAAUAAAAACAUUAAAAUUGUUUUUUAUAAACACUUCCAAUAAAAAUUUUUUUCUAUAGUUAUACAAAACAACUUGCUUUGCUAUAUAUUCGAGCUUCUACUCAGCUAUGAAAAAUUAUAGCUUAUUAAAUAUAUUACAUAUUAUGUAUCAAAGAGAAUUCAUGCUUUAAAAACAUCAUAUGUACAUCAGGGAGAAUUCAUAUGUACAAAGUAAAUUAUCGUCAGUAAAGAAAAUGACAUAUAAAAGGAUAUUGUACAUAUAAUUCUUGUCUAGAGAUUCUAUAAUCUUCAUUUAUACAUGUAAAUUUUAUAAAUCAUAGUAACCAUAAGAAUUUAUGCUAUUUAUAUGUAUAAAUAUACAUUUUGCAAAUAAUACAACAAAAUUUUAUAAGUGUAACUUAAUACAUAGUGAAUUAAUGGUAAUUAACAAUAAAAUUUUAUGUAUCAUAAUAUGAAUCGAUUAAAAAAGAUAUUGAUCUUAA